UUGUAGUUAGUUCAUCAUGCAUGUGAAGGGGGCCAGGCCCAAUUAAAGAGUUUUUCUGUUGAGGCAGAGUUGGGUGAGAGAAGGUUUUUUGUUCUCGGCCAUGGAAGAAUUACGGAAACUCGAGAAAGUACAGAGCAUGCUUGAAUUCAUGGAAUCACAUUCACGGGGCGUUUCAAACUCCGAUCAACACUCUAACCGCUUCCUCGCUAAUUUCAUUCUUUUCUUGAUCGAACCCUGCGGAGACCUUUCCAUCAACCACAAGUGCUCCUUGCUCUCCCACUUUAUUCCCACUCUCUCAUCUGCAUUCCUCGAAGACGCGUAUCAACACCACCUUUUCACCACCUCUAAACAACAAAAUUCUGGUGGUUUUCAACAAAGUCUUGUUGGAAAUUCUUUGCUUAGUUGCAAUCAGAUGAAAGAAUACAGUUUGUUGCAAAGAUGUAAUGAAAACGCUGCCAUGGUCGGGCUGGAUUCCAUGCAAAUGGCAAAUUCUACACUUGAGGAUUUUUGCAGAUCUUAUUUUAUGUUUCACGGAUUGGAUGUAAGCAAGCCACAAUCAAUCUUCAAAUACUUACCUAUUCUUUCAUUCACAGAGAGUUAUAUUUAUCAGCUAGAUAAAAUGAAUGAGAAAUUGCUGCAAACACCAUGCAAUGGAAAUUGUGUAUUUGGAGAAAAAGAUGAGAGAGAAACUAAAGUAUUGGUUUCUUGCUUCUCAAAUGAGCCAGUUAGACCACUUGUUUCUAUUCUUGAACACAAAGGCCUUUUGACAGAAAGGAUAAGAGAAGAACUUAGACUUGGAGAAGAGUACUGGGCUCUUGAAAGAAAGCUCUGUUCUGCACUAACAAACAAAGAGGAGAUUCUUGUUGAAGAUGUGAUGAAGGCUAUUCAUUUAAAGUCUUUUGAUUAUCGAGUGCUGAAUCUUCUUCUCUAUCAACUUCAAGGGACUAAGGUGGAGGAGUUGCAUAUGGAAUUUCUCUCAAUUUCGGAGUUCCUAGUGGAAGUUUCUGAUGAUCUGUAUGAUUAUGAGGAUGAUGUUUUAGAGAACAAUUUCAAUAUUUUGCGCAUGUUUAUCCGAAUAUAUGGACCUUCAGCUGCCCCUGCUAUGCUGGCGAAGUGCAUUGGUGAGGCUGAAGACAAGUAUGCAAGUUUACUGAAAUCACUUGAUCCACAUCUCUCUCUGAGCUACCAGAAAAGAUGUGCAGAAGCCACUAAAGAAGGUGGAAAGGUAUCAGAGCACCCUCUUGGAACAUGGAGUAUUCCAACCGUGAUUCAAGAUGAGGAAUUGUAUAGAUUAAAGUUGAAGUCAGAUAUUUCGUGAAUAUAACUUUUAACUGUGUUUCUGAGGUAAUUCCUCCAGUAUAACAUGACGAGUUGGAGUUGAAAUGUUGAAUGACGCACUCAUUAAAGGACUUACAAAAAGGGUGUGCCAGGCCCGUGCUAUAGUGCAACGCAUGUGCGCGACACAUGAGAGUCCCAAGCUCCCUUUCAAAAAAGUAAUUUAAUUUUGACACACCAAGUAAAGCUGAACGGAUAUUUCUAUAACUCAUUCUGAUUUUAUCACUUGCCACCGAUGAUGUAAACUAUAGUGUGUGUUUGGAUUACCAUUAGGAGCUUCCAAAAUGGACAUUCAUACAUUCCAAGGGACAAAACAAAAAAGCAACUAUAUUGUAGCUUUGGGCUGAACGUUGACAGCAUGUUUGUUUCUCC